AUGCAGCGAGCGUCAUACGCGCAGUCGCCCCCUCUUCAUCACCCAGUUCCUCAGCAUGUCUCGACCGUCCCCCAACUAAGAUCACCGCCGCCUCCUCCAGGCUCUGCGCAGUCGCAGCAGGGCUACGCUGCCAAUGCCGGAGGAAACCCAUACCAGCAGCAGGGCGGCCCUAGCGGCAAUGUUUUUGGCGCAUACGGCAACUUCAUGAACGAUCCUACGGCGCAGGUGGCGGCGCAAUUCGGCCAGACAGCCUUUAAGCAUGGACAAGAGUAUGUGGAGCAGAACUUUGGUCGAUACGUGAACGUUUCCGCCCUUAAGCACUACUUCAACGUCUCCAACUCUUAUGUCGUCAACAAGCUAUUCCUCGUCCUUUUCCCCUGGAGGCACAAGCCUUGGUCGCGCAAGCAAGCCGUUGGACAAAAUGGACAAGAAGGCUGGUAUCUCCCCCCGCGAGACGACGUUAACAGUCCCGAUAUGUACAUUCCAGUCAUGGCACUGGUGACAUAUAUCCUUCUCUCGACCUUGAUCGCUGGUCUCAACCACCAGUUCCAACCAGAACUUCUCGGAAAGACAGCUACAAUCAGUCUCAUCGUUGUCAUAGUCGAGAUCUUCUUCCUCAAGCUGGGAUGUUAUCUAUUGAGCAUCUCUAGCCAGUCUCAGCUACUGGACUUGAUUGCCUAUUCCGGAUACAAGUUUGUCGGAAUUAUCGUCACCAUUGUCGUUGCUGAGAUCCUCAACGGUGGCAAGGGCACGGGCGGUUGGGUUGGUUGGUUGAUCUUUUUCUACACCUACCUGGCUAACUCACUCUUCUUGAUGCGAUCCCUUAAAUACGUACUUCUCCCUGAAACAUCACCUGGCUCCAGCGGACCGAUGCAGACAGAUUCACGAGCGAAACGCAGCCAACGCACAAAGUUUCUCUUUAUCUACUCAUACUUUGUGCAGCUCUUCUUUAUGUGGCUUCUCACCCGGGCGUAA